AGGCGGACACGCCUAUUUCUCGAAACCGACAGUUGCGAUGGAAACAGCGCGAGCGCUGUUAUUUAACCGACUGCUUUGUACAAACGUCGUGAAAACACACAGAGCACCAAGAGGAGGAAGUUUACGACACUUUCUUGUUUUUAAGUUACUGAAGUGAAGUGAGAGAGAGAGGUAGCCGGGUGACGUGUUUAUUUCUGGUGGUCGGCGGUCACCAAAAAACAAAACAAAAAGCGUUUGUGGCUGUAAACAGCGGCGCUCUGAGAGGAAGCGGCCGGCCGGCAGGUCGAGCUGAGUGUCCGGUAAAUGGAGCAGUGAAGUUUGCACUGACUUCCCUUUGACUUGUCCGCAUCCUGUCCGUCAUGUUUCCGCUGGACUCGCCGUGGAGCAUUUCAUUUUCCGGUUGUGGCUUCCUCGGGGUUUACCAUGUUGGAGUGGCGAGCUGUCUGCAGCAGCAAGCGCCUUUCCUCCUCGAGAACGCCGAGCAGAUCUACGGAGCCUCUGCAGGAGCUUUAGUCGCUGCAGCGGUGGUCUGCGGGACUCAGUUCGGAGAGCUAUGCAACGGAUACCUCACUGUUGCAAAGGAAGCGAGGAAGCGGUUUCUGGGACCAAUGCAUCCUUCCUGUAACCUGGUGAAGUUAGUACGGAGCGUGAUAUCUCCGCUACUGCCACAUGAUGCGUACACCAAGGCCACAGGCCGACUGAGCAUCUCUCUCACUCGGGUCACAGAUGGGGAGAAUGUCCUGGUGUCUCACUUCACCAGCAAUGAGGACCUGAUGCAAGCGUGUGUGUGCAGUUCCUUUAUUCCUGUGUACUCUGGCAUUAUACCUCCUACCCUUCAGGGAGUGCGGUAUGUGGAUGGAGGGCUCAGUGAUAAUUUGCCGCAAUAUGAGCUCAAGAACACCAUCACGGUAUCUCCAUUCUCAGGGGAGAGUGAUAUCUGCCCCCGAGAUUACAGCUCCACCAACCUGCACGAACUCCGAUUUAGCAACACGUCAAUACAGCUCACGCUCGCCAACCUGUAUAGGUGCUCCAGAGCGCUGUUCCCUCCAGAUCCACAGGUGCUGGAGAUAGUGUGCCAGGAAGGAUACAACGAUGCGCUACAUUUCCUAAAGAAAAAUGGUCUGUUACAGUUCCGGCGUCCUCAGCACCCCCUGAGUAACAGUAACAUGAGGGUUGAAGAAGACCCCGAGAACGAGAAUGAUCAAAGGCAUAGAGGAGAAAGAGAGAUGAUGCCUGGCCCUCAUUCAAGUGUAGAGGAGCAUGGAUUUGACUUUCCUCCAGAGCUGCAAAGGGCUUUCAGGGAGGGCUGUGAAGAAAGACAACGUUCCUUGCGGUAUAUAAGGAACAUGCUACCAGUCAGGAUGCUGUCGGCCAUCUCCGUGCCAUUCACACUGCCGCUGGAGUCAGCUCUGUCACUGAGUAUCAGGUUGUUGGAAUGGCUUCCUGAUAUUCAAGACGAUGUGGGCUGGAUUAAAGAUCAGACUGUGAAGCUACUGAAUUAUGUCCUAAAUCAUGCCAGCAGGAAUGUGUCCCAACAGCUGGUGGCACGAUUGUCUUAUCAGUUAGAGUUGAGGCAUGCGCUAUCUGCACCGGCAAGUUUCAGCACUGCCAAUCUACUGCCAGGGUGGGUGUGUACACGCAGCGCGUCUGUGCUGAACGCUAUCCAGUGUUUGGAGCAGUACCAGCGCCAGUUCCUGCCAAGCUUCUUCUGCAUUAACCUGAAUCUACAUGGCUCCUUCAGUGCUGGAUCGCUCCAAUCUACAGCUCCCCCUCCUUCUCCACCUAUCCACGAAGACACAGAUGAAGGAUUAACUAUGCGUCCCGUGGGGUCCGCAAAUGCCGCCUUGCUUCCAGAAAGCACUCAAAAGGAGGACCAUCCCAUCUCCUAAUGCGCUUUUUCAGUCAUGGAAAAUUGUGAUGUCGUGAUCACCAGGCAUUCUGAGAGAACUAAUAAUUCCAACAUACUCGAUGCAAGCGAUGGAGUUUUAAAAAAGUAUCUGAACAAGGACGGUCUCAUGAAUAUCUUAAAAGGAUGUUUAACCCUUUGGUGACUGACCCCUUGAAAAUGGUUCCUCCAGGAACGAUGACGUUUCAGUUGUCAAGACAACGGAAAAACUAAAAUACAAAAACAGAAAGAUACGUCACAAUGCUCUUGUGCACAAAACAAAAUGCUCUUGUAUUUUAGUUUUUCCAUUGUCUUGACAACUGAAACGUCAUGGUUCCUGGAGGAACCAUUUUAAAGGGGUCAGUCACCAAAGGGUUAAGAAGGAUGUUGGAUAUUUAUUUCAUUAACUCCUCAAGAUGAACAGAACUGGAUCCUCUAUGGCUUUUAUGCGAUUUCCUCUUUCUGUAACUGAAUGCCAUAAGGAAAUUUUAUUUUGCUGUAUUUGCAUUCUUAACCUUAUUGGGUUUCAUUAUAAGCUUAUUGUUUAUUUUAUUACUUUGCAAAAGUGAUAUUUUCUGGGUGUUCAGAAAGCCUGGACAAAACGUUUAAAUUUGGGGGUUGGCAUCAGCUCGUCCUGGGGUACUGUUUAUUGAGUGGCAAAAGUAUGUGAACCUCUAGGAUUAGCAGUUAAUUUGAAGGUGAAAUUAGAGUCGGGUGUUUUCAAUCAAUGGGAUGACAAUCAGGUGUGAGUGGGCACCCUGUUUUAUUUAAAGAACAGGGGUCUAUCAAAGUCUGAUCUUCACAACACAUGUUUAUGGAAGUGUAUCAUGGCAUGAACAAAGGAGAUUUCUGAGGACCUCAGAAAAAGCAUUGUUGAUGAUUGUCAGGCUGGAAAAGGUUACAAAACCAUCUCUAAAGAGUUUGGACUCCACCAAUCCACAGUCAGACAGAUUGUGUACAAAUGGAGGAAAUUCAAGACCAUUGUUAUCCUCCCCAGCAGUGGUCGACCAACAAAGAUCACUCCAAGAGCAAGGCGUGUAAUAGUCGGAGAGGUCACAAAGGACCCCAGGGUAACUUCUAAGCAACUGAAGGCCUCUCUCACAUUGGCUAAUGAUCACCACCAUCAGGAGAACACUGAACAACAAUGGUGUGCAUGGCAGGGUUGCAAGGAGAAAGCCACUGCUCUCCAAAAAGAACAUUGCUGCUCAUCUGCAGUUUGCUAAAGAUCAUGUGGACAAGCCAGAAGGCUAUUGGAAAAAUGUUUUGUGGACGGAUGAGACCAAAAUAGAACUUUUUGGUUUAAAUGAGAAGCGUUAUGUUUGGAGAAAGGAAAACACUGCAUUCCAGCAUAAGAACCUUAUCCCAUCUGUGAAACAUGGUGGUGGUAGUAUCAUGGUUUGGGCCUGUUUUGCUGCAUCUGGGCCAGGACGGCUUGCCAUCAUUGAUGGAACAAUGAAUUCUAAAGGAAAAUGUCAGGACAUCUGUCCUUGAACUGAAUCUCAAGAGAAGGUGGGUCAUGCAGCAAGACAACGACCCUAAGCACACAAGUCGUUCUACCAAAGAAUGGUUAAAGAUAGGGCUGCACGAUUAUGGAAAAAAUGAUAAUCACGAUUAUCUUGAUCAAAAUUGUAAUCACGAUUAUUAAUCACGAUUGUUCUUGAUGUUAGGGAAAUCACUUAAAUUUUAUUUCACUAUAUUCAAACAAAGCCCUGUGAUGACCUGGCGACUUGUCCAGGGUGUACCCCGCCUUUCGCCCGUAGUCAGCUGGGAUAGGCUCCAGCUUGCCUGCGACCCUGUAGAACAGGAUAAAGCGGCUACAGAUAAUGAGAUGAGAUAUUCAAACAAACAAUAUGAACAGCUUUCAGUGCAGAAUGAAAUUUAAAAGAGAAAUUCUGAUUUCCAAAUGACAAAUAAAUGAAAUUUAUCCAAGAAAUUACCAAAGGAUGAAGGAACUGAAAACUCAAUUGCAACAAUUACAUAGCAUUAUACUGAGGCCUAGUAGUUUUUAGCUAGAAAGACCAGCCUAUCAACAUGCUGUGGCUUUAAACAUGAGCGAAGGCAGGUCACAACAUUGCCUCCAGUGCUAAAUACGCUCAAUCUGUUACCUACUCUCACGCUAUCACCCCUUGAAGAAGAUACCGCCAGUGUUGCCAGACACUGCUGCCGUUUUCCAGCCCAAAAUAUGUUCAAAACCGCCCAAUCUGGCAACACUGGAUACCGCUGCACUGAAGCGCUGCACACUUGGCUUGCUUGCUUAUUUAGACUGGAGUAAUGAAACCUUACAUGCGUCGGUUCGCCCCCUAAUGGUUUGGCGGAGUACUGGUCAAAAAGUGCUUGAUCAGAUAUGCAGCAGAGCUCGCAUUUUAAAUGGAAAUAAAUCGAGAUUUUCAUUUAAUUUAAUCGUGGCAGCCAAAAUCGCGAUUUUUCGAUUAAAUUCGAUUAAUUGUGCAGCCCUAGUUAAAGAAGAAUAAAGUUAAUGUUUUGGAAUGGUCAAGUCAAAGUCCUGACCUUAAUCCAAUGGAAAUGUUGUGGAAGGACCUGAAGCGAGCAGUUCAUGUGAGGAAACCCACCAACAUCCCAGAGUUGAAGCUGUUCUGUACGGAGGAAUGGGCUAAAAUUCCUCCAAGCCGGUGUGCAGGACUGAUCAACAGUUACCGCAAACGUUUAGUUGCAGUUAUUGCUGCACAAGGGGGUCACACCAGAUACUGAAAGCAAAGGUUCACAUACUUUUGCCACUCACAGAUAUGUAAUAUUGGAUCAUUUUCCUCAAUAAAUAAAUGACCAAGUACAAUAUUUUUGGCUCAUUUGUUUCACUGGGUUCUCUUUAUCUACUUUUAGGACUUGUGUGAAAAUCCGAUGAUGUUUUAGGUCAUAUUUAUGCAGAAAUAUAGAAAAUUCUAAAGGGUUCACAAACUUUCAAGCACCACUGUAUCCCAUCUACCUGAUACUAGUGAAAGAUCUUUAUAAAUCAAGCCUUAGGGACCAGGCAGUGGUAGGAGGGAUUUUUAAAACCACAGUAUUACAAAAACUAUUGCAAAGAUUUCUUUGUCCUAAAAUAUAACUUCUUGCAAAGUCAGUUCACGUGCAGCCAUGACUUUACAAACUCCUUAAGUCUGUUUGGUUUUUGUCCUUUUUGCUUCACUGUCAUCAUUUUCUCUUGGUUUGUUUUCUUGAAAACGUUGCGCAAAAUCCAGCAUUGGCCUUCACACCAAUGGUGUUUGAACUUGUGGACAUGACAAGAGAGGAACAAAAAAAGCUUCAUGGAGUGAUUGUUAAAGGAACACCACUUCCCAGAGAACUGUACUCACCGUGCUGUGAAUUACAGCCGUGAAGCUGAAAGUUACAGUAUAUUUUCAUGAACGUUUCUAAAUAGGCUUCCAAGUUUGUGUGCUUCUUAACACAACUAGCCUAGACUUAACUGCACAGCCUCAUCCAGAAAACACAUUCCUCAGCCUGAACUCUUUAUCAUGAUCAGCCUGAAGAUGUCUUUGGGGAAAACUUCCAUCACCUCACCACCUUUUUUUUUUUUUUUUCUCUGACGAAAAUGUGGAACAGGAGAAGAAAUAUUGCAUGAACUUGUAUAUUGAAGUAUUCCUUUCUCUGAUGAUUUUGCUUCUCGCUGAUGAGCUCUUUGCAAGACGUGAAUAGAGAUUAGGCAGGAAAUUCAUGUCGGAUUAAGGUGGAUGAGAAGUCUGUAAAUUGGACAGCAGUUUUUCCCACAGAUAAGUGACACACUGGUGGCGUGUUCAGGUAUAUUGAUCACCGCCCAAGUAUAUUUUGUCCCAUAAUCACAAAAACAUAAAUAUCAUGACAAAAAAAAGUAUAGAAAUGGCGACUGUAACAAUUAUAACAUUUAAUGUUCAUAUUAUGCAAAACUGUAGUUAUCAGUGCAAAUAUAAAGGAACUGUUUGUAA